AUGACAAAGUCUGUAAUGGUGAGGUGUUACCUGCUCUGUUUACUAACUCUUACACUGUGUUGUGAUUGUGGGUUAGUAUGGGCUGAUAGUUCUAAAGCUUCUGAUUCCCUUAUUGAAACUUCUACUGUAGGUGUUCCUUCUCUUGUUCGUCAUGCUAUUCCUGCGGAUGAUGAUUGGCUUGAGGUUGAUGAAGCAGGUACGGAAGAGGAAUUACCGAGAGAUGAGUCAUCCACUGUAGAUCUUGAGAAGAAAGAGAAGUUGGGUAUAGAGAGAACACCUCAUUCUCCGAAUUCUAAAGGUGUUGGUGAUUUGGGUUCUCCUGGUGCCCUUCAACCCAAUGGUACUGACAGCUCAGUUGGUGUGCAUGGACAUAAACAGUCACAGGGAAAGACUCAACUUGAAUUGCAAGAAGGAAAUACACAUCUUCGUGCUGAUACACAAGGUGUGGCUGUAGAAGAGAUCUCGGAUCCAUUAAGAGCAAAAGAAAGCACAGGCACUUUAGGUUCUUCAGAUCUGAACAGAAAUGAAGUUUCUUCUGAACUUCCGGAACCACCAGCUGCGAGUCCCCUUCCUCCUGUUGCUGCUCCAGCUCUUGAUACUCCACUACCUGUUCAUCAUGGUGAUAGAUCAGGGGUACCCAGUGGAGAUGGCCCAACACCAGCUAAAGGUGAACCCAAUAAUGGGGAUGGUGGAUCUUCACAACCAGCGAAAUCACCAUCGCAACAGCAGGAAGUGAGAAAUAGUCAUGAUACACAAAAUGGAGAGACCACAAAAGCAACAGGACCAGCCGCUACUGACAGCCAAGAGACUUCUGUUACUCCAUCCCAGAAUACAGGUGACGCCUCCUCUAGCAGUUCAUCCACGGAUAAAACCAGUACUCGUCAGAAUGAGAGUGAAACUACUGUUACAAAACCCGCAGAGGGUGCAUCAACCAGUGAGAAAUCAACCACCACCACCACAACAACAACACUUCCUCCUGAAUCCACAAACAACAAUAAGGGUGAUGCAGACAGCAGCAGCAGUAUCAACAGUUCUGUGUGGGUGCGUGUGCCACUACUGAUAGUGUUUACACUGGCCUGUAUUCUUGUGUGCUGA